AGCCACAAUGGCGUCAGUGACUCCGUGAGGUGGACCCGGGCGGUUUAGAGGAAGUAAGUUCCGGGUUUCCCUUGCUGGGGUUUGACAGAAACGACGAACAGGGUUCCACUUGAAUAACUAAAGUCCAAAGUUACGCAGAGGGUUGUCAGACAUCCUGUAAACAGAAGUGAUGUCUCAGUCUGGAGAAAAAGGGAAGUUACCAGAUGCUACAGGCUAUGUUGGUUUUGCAAACCUUCCAAACCAAGUGCAUCGAAAGUCAGUGAAAAAGGGCUUUGAGUUCACUUUAAUGGUUGUAGGAGAGUCUGGUUUAGGCAAAUCAACCCUCAUAAACAGCCUUUUUCUGACUGACCUGUACCCUGAACGCUACAUCCCUGGAGCUGCAGAAAAGAUCGAGAGGACCGUGCAGAUUGAGGCCUCGACUGUGGAGAUUGAGGAGAGGGGAGUGAAGCUCCGCCUCACUGUGGUCGACACUCCUGGAUACGGGGACGCCAUCAACAGUCAGGACUGUUUCAAGACAAUAAUUCAGUACAUUGACAAUCAGUUUGAGCGCUACCUCCACGACGAAAGUGGGCUGAACCGGAGGCACAUAGUGGACAACAGGGUGCACUGCUGCUUUUAUUUUAUUUCUCCAUUUGGACAUGGCCUGACACCUUUGGAUGUGGAGUUCAUGAAAGCAAUCCACAGCAAAGUCAACAUAGUCCCAGUCAUUGCAAAGGCCGACACGCUGACACUAAAGGAGAGGGAUCGCCUGAAGAGAAGGAUCCUGGAUGAGAUCGCUGAGCAUGGCAUCAAAAUCUACCAGCUUCCAGAUGCGGACUCUGACGAGGACGAAGAGUUCAAGGAGCAGACGAGAGUCCUCAAGGCAAGUAUUCCCUUCGCUGUGAUCGGCUCCAACCAGCUGAUCGAGGUGAAGGGGAAGAAGAUCCGAGGUCGUCUGUACCCAUGGGGAGUCGUAGAAGUCGAGAAUCCUGAACACAAUGACUUCCUUAAACUACGCACCAUGCUUGUCACUCACAUGCAAGACCUCCAGGAGGUAACUCAAGACCUACACUACGAGAACUUCCGAUCCGAGAGGUUGAAGAAGGCGGGCCGAGCGGUGGACGAGGACGUCAUGGACAAAGACCAGAUUCUGCUGCAGAAGGAGUUGGAGUUGAGGCGCAUGCAGGAGAUGAUUGCUCAGAUGCAGGCACAAAUGAAGAUGAAGUCAGACGAGUGAAAGAGUCUGAUCCACACGGGAGCGUGGUCAUCCCCAUCACCCAACGCACACAUUUCUAUAGCAUACCCAUCCACACAGACACACUCCUGGUCAUAGUCUCUCCUCCGGUCCAGUGGGGAGCCCAGGUUUCCCAAUCACAUAUUUAUCUACACAGUGCCACUCCCUCUCCUAAAUCUCCACCCAUCAUCUGUCAUUCUCCACUCAGAGCUCCACAAACUAGUCAGACAGGACCAGAUACCAGUUUUACAUGGAAUACUGUUGGAGUUUCAUGGCUAUUUAUGUACUUUAUGUACGAUGGUUUUCAUUAUUGCCAGUAAUAACGGUACGAGUAGGGUUUGCCAUCUUGCUAGUUUGCAAAAAUGUGUGAACUGCGACUUAUUUUGAUGUUUCAGGUCAGAAGAUCCUAAUUUUUAUAUAUAUAUAUACUUUGGUUUUUACUAAUAUCUUUCUCGACUAAUUUUACAGCCCAUAAUAUUUACCUCUGAAUGCCACGAGUGCUUGUUUGCUUUAAUCUGAGUAAGAGACAGUUUGGAAAUGUUUAAAUCUAGGAUGAUUAAGCCAUUUUUUUCUAUUUGUUUGUGGUUGUUUUGUAUUUGACCAACUGCUGAACUUAUCCAGUUUAUUUUUUUUUUAAUUUAGAGUAAACUAUAAUAUUAGUGCCAAAUUGCAAAGUGAACUAUUGUUUACUUCAUUUAAGUCCUCUAAUCUACUUUAAAUACUUCAUGUGUGCAGUUUUCCAACAUACUUUGUAUUUUUUCACAUUUUUAAAAUGGUGUAGAAAACAAAUGUCCCACAUUAAAGACAUCCCUUCCAUUUUUUUUGAGUAGUUGACUAAACAUUGUGUAUUGUCUAUGACAGGCCACUGAUAUUGUUUAGUUUUGGUCUUUUUAAGAACAUUUGGUUUCUUACCCAUGUGUCAGUAAAAGGUUUUGGAAAUAAAACUAUUAUUAAAGAUUGACAA